UGGCAGAGUAGCCAGGCUACUCACCGCCCAGUUACUCCCUAGUAUACCCACCUAGCUUAGUCCUUUUGGUCUUCCUCUCAGAUAGCCUCACCUAGCUGCAUUCAUCACACCUUCAUCACUGAACACCUCAACGCCACUGUCCCCCCAUUCUAGGCUUCCAAGAUUCCUGGCUCAUACCGCCGUUGGCGCCAGUCAUCAGUCAGUCAUACAAUCCAGGGUUUGAUGAAGGUCAUAUAAACCGCCAACCUCACCAUCUCAAUCUCAGCUCACUUCUCCAUUCCCGUUAUCCGACAUACGCCUCGCCCGUUUCGCUAACACAGCCCAGAAUGGCUCCUCUUCCCUCUGGUGAUAUGGAUAAGCUCGAAACCACCGAAGAAGCAGCGGAACCUGGCUCCAUCUGCGAGGCCCACGUGCUGUACCAAACCGCUCCGGACGAGAGGGGCCGCACCUCCUGGACCCGCGAGCCGCCCACGGACCUCCUCGAUCCGGGGGAAACGUCCCUGUCCGGCAGAUUUGUGCUGCUGGUCCGGAAGGUCAAAUGCUACGACGGGAAGCGGAACCUCAAGAUCCACUCCGUGGUCGUCCAAAGCCAGCCCCUCAAGGGGUUUCUGGCCCGCCUCCUGACGGGCUACCCCGGGAUCACGUCCAGCCUCGACCGCCUCGAGUUCCACCAGCCGUUCCAGCCGUUCGUCCACCGAUGGGAGGAGUUCUGCCAGGCGCGGGCCCGCGAAGAUGAUCCCACCACCCAAGCCCACGUGGAGCUUCUGUUCCGGAUCCUCGAGGAGGAGCUUCGCGAGACCAUUGCGCGCAAGAACGACCUCGUCAAGAACCAGGUGAUCACCCACGACCUGCUGUGGGCGAUCUUCGAGCCCGGCGCUCCGAUCAUCAGGAUAGUCGACGGGCGCCAGCGCGCCUUCCGGUUCCAAUCCGGCAGCUACGAUAAGCGAAGCGGCGCGUUCGAGAUCGCAGCCCAGUACGUCGACUGGGAUGGCGAGGGCUUUGGGUACGAGACGGAAGAAUUCACGCUCAGCCCCUACGAAGGCACCGCCCCGAUUAUAGACCUCUCGAGCUUCCCCCUUGCCUACCACAGCGAGCACGCCCGCAUUCGCGAAGAGCUCAUUGCCCGGGGCAAGCUCUGGGAAGGGUACCGGGGAUAUCACUACAAGCAAUACAAAGGCCUAGCGAAGGGCUACAUCCCCGUCCUCAACCGCCAGAUGAAGUUCAACAUCCAAGGGCGAAUCGUGAUCGACACGGAAGCGUACAACAACUUCAACGCACAAGAAGAGAUCACCGGGUUAGACCGCAUCGCCGCCGCCGCCGCCGGCGGCAGCACCACCACCACCAACCUGUCCGAUGACCAACGACUGAUCGCCACGCCCAUCGUCCGGGGCUAUGCCCUCCAAGAGAAACGGUGGCUGGCGUUCUUCGUCGACGGGGUCAAGGACAUCGUCUGGGACGCGCACGCCUUCGACGCCCUGGUCCUGCCCCACGAGCAGCGCGACCUGAAGAACCUCGUGCUGGGCUUUGCGCGCGCCCAGGCCCGCAGCCGCGACGCCUUCGACGACGUGAUCCACGGCAAGGGGCGCGGGGUGAUCAUGCUCCUGAGCGGGCCGCCGGGCGUCGGCAAGACCCUCACGGCCGAGAGCGUCGCCGAGGUGAUGCAGGUGCCGCUGUAUGUCCUGAGCGCGGGCGAUCUGGGCACCACGCCCGAGCGCGUGGAGAACACCCUCCGCGACGUCCUCACCAUGAUCCCCCGAUGGGGCGCGAUCAUUCUCCUCGACGAGGCCGACGUCUUCAUGGAGGCGCGCGAUACCCUCGAUCUGAAACGGAACGAGCUCGUCUCGAUAUUCCUAAGACUGCUAGAGUACUACGAGGGCAUCUUAUUCCUGACCACCAACCGCGCCGAGCACAUCGACCCGGCCUUCGAAUCGCGGAUCCACAUGUCCAUCCGCUACCCCGAGCUCACCUUCGCAUCGCGACACCAGAUCUGGCGUCAAUUCCUCGCCCAACAACGCCAUACGAAACCAUUCUCGGAGGAUGAGCUGGACCGGCUCGCGGCGCUGGAGCUCAAUGGCCGGCAGAUCAAGAACGUCCUCCGCACGGCGCACCUGCUGGCCGAGGAGGAGGGCUGUGCACUGACACACGCGCAUGUGCAGGGGAUCCUGAGCUUGAGGGACUAUCUGAAGCAAGGUGGGAUGAGCAGUGGAGGUGGAUGAUGCCUGCCUGCGAGUUAGUUGCCCUUUGCGUACAAGUCUUGAUGCGAGACCAUGGUCUCAGACGGGUGAAACUCAUCCAAAGAGCCUUCUUGUUUCUAAUGCUGCAAUGCACCAUGUCAUUCCGGUUUGUCUUAUCUAGCUAAUGCUCAUGGAUUCAAGCAAUCAGAUUUUGAAGAAGACUA